UUUGCACCUUCGCUGCAUUGCAUUUCCACGCUCGAAGACUGCAACUUCACAAGAAGCCAGCGGAAAGGGUAUCGACAGACAGUCCGUCACGAAAGCACGAGAUACAAAAUGUCGAAUUUGAAGAAAAUCAGCGAUGAGGAUCGCGAAUCCAAAUUCGGAUACGUUUUCGCCGUAUCCGGUCCUGUCGUGACGGCGGAACGCAUGUCGGGAUCGGCUAUGUACGAGCUGGUACGUGUCGGAUACUACGAGCUGGUCGGUGAGAUCAUCCGUCUAGAGGGCGAUAUGGCCACCAUUCAGGUGUACGAGGAAACAUCCGGCGUCACCGUGGGCGAUCCAGUCCUGCGAACGGGCAAACCACUCUCGGUCGAGCUCGGUCCAGGUAUCAUGGGCAGCAUUUUCGACGGUAUCCAGCGUCCGUUGAAGGACAUCAACGAAAUGACCAACUCGAUCUACAUUCCCAAGGGUGUCAACGUGCCGUCCCUGUCGCGCACCCAAAGCUGGAGCUUCAAUCCGCUUAACGUGAAGGUGGGAUCGCACAUCACCGGCGGAGAUCUGUAUGGGCUGGUGCAUGAAAAUACGCUCGUCAAGCAUAAACUGAUGGUACCGCCAAAGGCCAAGGGUACGGUGAAGUACAUCGCACCGCCCGGCAACUACACCGUCGACGAUGUGAUCCUUGAGACGGAGUUUGACGGCGAAAGCAGCAGAUUCACCAUGUUGCAGGUGUGGCCGGUGCGUCAGCCGCGCCCGGUAACCGAGAAGCUUCCCGCCAAUCACCCGCUGCUGACUGGACAGCGUGUACUGGACUCGCUGUUCCCUUGCGUCCAGGGUGGAACCACCGCUAUCCCCGGUGCGUUCGGUUGCGGCAAGACUGUCAUCUCGCAGUCGCUUUCCAAGUACUCGAACUCGGACGUCAUCGUGUACGUCGGUUGCGGAGAGCGUGGUAAUGAGAUGUCUGAGGUACUGCGUGAUUUCCCCGAACUGUCGGUCGAGAUUGACGGGGUCACGGAGUCCAUCAUGAAGCGUACCGCGCUGGUAGCCAACACGUCCAACAUGCCUGUCGCCGCCCGUGAAGCUUCCAUCUACACCGGUAUCACGCUGUCGGAGUACUUCCGUGACAUGGGUUACAACGUGUCGAUGAUGGCCGAUUCCACCUCUCGUUGGGCCGAAGCGUUGCGAGAAAUUUCCGGCCGUCUCGCCGAAAUGCCGGCCGAUUCUGGCUACCCGGCUUAUCUGGGUGCCCGUUUGGCUUCCUUCUACGAGCGCGCUGGCCGCGUCAAGUGUCUGGGCAACCCGGAGCGUGAAGGAUCGGUGUCGAUCGUCGGUGCCGUAUCGCCGCCCGGUGGUGAUUUCUCCGAUCCCGUCACUUCCGCCACGCUCGGUAUCGUGCAGGUGUUCUGGGGUUUGGACAAAAAGCUGGCCCAGCGUAAGCACUUCCCGUCGAUCAAUUGGUUGAUUUCUUACAGCAAGUACAUGCGAGCGUUGGACGAUUUCUACGACAAGAACUUCCAGGAGUUUGUGCCACUGCGUACCAAGGUCAAGGAGAUCCUGCAGGAGGAGGAAGAUCUGUCCGAAAUCGUGCAGUUGGUCGGUAAGGCGUCGCUGGCCGAAACCGACAAGAUUACGCUCGAGGUCGCCAAGCUGCUGAAGGACGAUUUCCUGCAACAAAACUCGUACUCGGCGUACGAUCGGUUCUGCCCCUUCUACAAGACGGUCGGUAUGCUGAAGAACAUAAUUGGCUUCUACGAUAUGGCGCGCCACGCCGUUGAAACGACCGCACAGUCCGAGAACAAGAUCACCUGGAACGUGAUCCGUGACGCGAUGGGCAACAUUCUGUACCAGCUGUCGUCGAUGAAGUUCAAGGAUCCAGUGAAAGACGGUGAACCGAAAAUCAAGUCCGAUUUCGAUCAGCUGUACGAGGACAUGCAGCAGGCGUUCCGUAAUCUAGAGGAUUAAGACCUUUGUUGUUUAGUCUCGCGGAACCAGAACCUGUUAGUGUGCCAGCGGCAGAAGGUGUACUAUUAUAUCGUAAGAUUACUCUGUGUCGCAUUGCCUGGGUCGGUCCCGGGUCGCUGCCCUGUCUCGUGGGGAGGGUCACCGGCGUACAUAGUAAAAACAAAAUGCAAGAUUCGCUACACACACACACACGACAAGUAUUCCACAAAGGUAGCAGUAGCAGUAGCAGAUUUCACGCAGCGUGAACAUCCAAAUGGUACAUGUGAAAUGAAUAGUAAAAACAUCAAAAGGCGAUUACUAACAGGCACACACAACACACAGACCAUACAAACGUGUCUUUUCGGAAAUCUGGAGCGUGAAAACAGAUUUUGAUUCGGCGGCUCGAAGCUGAGGUGGCAUACAUUCGAAAAGUAUCGUACAUCCCGCCGCCCAACGGUAUUACCAUCGGCAAAUGUGAUCUCUCUAUCUCUCUGUCUACCUCUAGAGUGACUGUUUAAAAUGGCUGAAGUGUCGAAACAUCUAAAAACAUUCAGCAAAACGUGGUCUACAAUGCGUGUUCGAAUUAACGUAUGGUGCGCAUUACAAAAGGGGGUAUCAAAUCAACAUCUAAAGACAAGUUUAACUAACAUUUCUCGGGUGACAGAGAGAAAGAGAGAGAGAGAGAGCGAGCACACAGUUCAGAAGAGCCAGAAAAUGUAGGGACACUGCUUUACAAGACAGCGAGCGUCGCAAAACGUACAAUAAGGAGAGCCAACUUAUGUUGCUAUACAUUGUUUUUUUCUUGUUUUAUCAUCUUUAUUAUACUGUAGAAAAUGCGAAUACCCGCUGAAGCGGGGCAUUAGUCGGUUCAAUAACUGAAAAGAAUAUAUAUAUAUUUAAAUAGUGCUGGGGUCUGCCUAUUUGAACACAUAGAAGAAUCGUUGGUGUAACGCGGCCCGGUGUCUGGGGCGGGGCGAUGGCGUACGAUGUAGAAAACUUAAAAGCGUAUAACAACAAACAAUUAAAAGUACACACAAACGAAAUCAAUAUUUUACAUUAGAAUUUAAGCACAGCCUCUCGGUAGGAGAAACAAGAGCAUGGUGCCCCUCAAGUUGUUAACUAUGUGCUAAUUAUUACUAUUAUUGUAUCAUAAUCAAACACUAUCACCGCUAACCUUGCCUCGGUGACGUACAAGGUUUAGUAGUUUGUGUCCAUUUUCCCCCGGUUUACCGCGUGUUGAAAUCGUUGUUUCUUUGCUAGUUACCCUCAGUUGGUUCAUUCGUUUCUGCCAACAUCAUCGCAGUUAAUCGACGAUGAGGGCACUUUUGUUUUUUUCAUUUUUAUUGUUGCUUGUUUAUUGAUUUAAAAUCUACUUUCUUUCCAUUUUACUGUGAAGCGGCAAUCGAAUUGUGUAGCAGAUUGUAAGACAUUUCUGUUUAUUUGUCAAAUUGAUUCCAAACUUGCUGCCCCGAAAUUGGUGGUCACAUUUCGUUUGGAACUAACAUGGCCACACAGAAACCUGUGAAUGGUGUCUAGGCAUGCAUUCUAUCCCCAUCUAGCUGUGGUCCGUAAUGCAAACGAUCGUCCAAGUGUGGCAAGAGCUGUUCAGGUGCAAACACAAAUGUACUACUUACUCGUAAGAUGAAUUACGGAAAUAAAGAGAAACCUUCGGAAAAUUACAUUCCCAAAACCAAAAUUUGGUUCUCUUCGUGCGUUCGUCACUUUCUCGCGCAUCGUGGUGCACUCCGGCUGCUCCGUGCAUCGUG